AGGUCGCUGGCGACGCUGCCGCCUCAGGCGCCACCCUGCCGGGCUCUCACGCAGCCGCGAAGUUGACCCGUGCGCCCGAGAGCCGUAGGUUCGCCCAGCUGGGGGGCCGCCCGUGCGCCCUCGGAGGCCCGAGCCGGCGGGCCUGCUGGGUGUCGCGAGCUAGCGGCCGCCGCGCUCCGCCUGCCCUGCUGCGAGCUGGGGCUUCCUCGCCCUCCGUGCGGUGCCGCCUGUCCCGCAGCUCCCGGCGAGAUGCUCGAGGUCGGCGCUGCCAGGGUGCCGGGGAGGUGGCGCAGGCCACCUGUGUGACAACUCGAACUUUUCCUGGGGUUUCCCGACCGCCAGUUGGGUCACGCUGCGCAAUUCCUCUGAGACCUUGUGUUUAUCGGUGAAAUAAAAGUAGGGUUUUCCCCCCGUUCCUUUCAGGACGUUAUGAGUUUCCUCCAUUUCGAGACAGUUGAGGAAACUGCCAGAGGGUCAGACUCUCCCCACCGUCAGUCCCGGUGUUGUCCUCGGGAGCUUGGGGCCUGUGUGUGCCCCGCCCUCCCCCACAUCUUGCUGACGUUGAGAGAGACUUGUGCAGAGCCAUGAGCCCGAAGGCUUGAGCUGCUUCGGAGGAGAGAGCCAGUCUCCCGAGCCCCAAGAUGGCGGCUAAGAUGGAGAUAACUUUGAGCUCGCAGUCCCACAUUCAGGCUUCCUCCAAGCCAGAGAGACACAUAAUAACAAAACUGGAAGACAAACGGGGACCCACUCUGCAAAAAGACCGCCCCGAUCCUGAGCUCUCCCGCCAGAGCUUUCGACGGUUUUGUUAUCAAGAGGUGUCUGGACCCCAAGAGGCCCUCUCCCGGCUCCAGCAGCUCUGCCGUCAGUGGCUGCAGCCCGAGCUGCACACCAAGGAACAGAUUUUGGAGCUGCUCGUGCUGGAGCAGUUCCUGAACAUCCUGCCUCCGGAGAUCCAGGCCCGGGUCAGGCAUCGAUGUCCAGUGAGCAGCAAGGAGAUUGUGACCCUGGUGGAAGAUUUUCAAAGAGCUCCCAAGAGACCAAAGCAGUGGGUGGCCGUUUGUAUGCAGGGGCAGAAGGUGCUCUUGGAGAAGACUGGGUCUCAGCUUGGAGAACAGGAACUCCCAGACUUUCAACUGCAAACUCCUAGAAGCUGUCCCAGGGAGAACUCUUUGGAGGAGCCUUCCCAGGCGGAAUCUCAAGACCAGCUGAGCACUCAUCAUUGGGACAAAUCCCCGCUCCUCCAGGAACCAAGCCCCAAAUUGGCUGGCCCAGGAGUGGAAUUGCUGGGUCAGACAGUAGCUCUCUGUUCAGCCUUUUGAGCAAACACUGACUGUUUUCCACAGCGGCUGUGCAUUUUACAUUUCCACCAGCAGUUCCUGUGAGGAUUCUAAUGUCUUCACAUCCCUGUCAGCACUUUUCGGUGUUUUGGUUACAACAGUCGCAUUAGGUGUGAAGUGGUGCCUAACGGAGGUUUUAUUUCCCUGAUGGUGAAUAAUGUUGAACAUCCCUUCAUGUGCUUAUUGGUCAGUGGUAUAUCUUCUUUGGAGAAGUAUCUGUUCAGAUCCUUCGCCUGUCUCUAAUUUGGGUUAGUCUUUUGUUGUAAGAGUUCUUUUUAUAUCCUGCAUACUCGGCCCCUAUAUAUAAUUUGCAAGUAUUUUCUCCCACUGUGGGUUGUAUUUUCACUUCCUUGAUAGUGUCCUUUGAAGCACAAAUGUUUCUAAUUUUGAUCAAGUGCAAUUUAUCUAUUUUCUCUAUUUGGCUUGUGUUUUGGUGACAUAUGUAAAAUACCUUUGCCUAAUCUGAAAUCACAAAGAUUUAUACCUAUGUUUUGUUCAUAGAGACAUUAGUUUAGCCCUUCUGUUUAUGUCUUUGAUCCAUUUUGAGUUAUUUUGUGUACAUGUGAGGCAGGGCUCCACCCUCACUCUUCCGCAUGUGGAAAUCCAGUUGGCCCAGCGCCCUUUAUUGAAAAGCCUAGUCUCUCCAUUGAAUUGCCUUGACAACCUUGUCGAAAAGCAGUUGACCAUAAAGGUAUAGGCUGCUUAUUUAAAUUUGAAUUAAAAUUAACUGAAAUUAGAUAAAAUUUAAAAUUCUGUUUUCUCCGUCAUGGUAGCCCCCAUUUCAAGGACUCAGUAGCCCCAUGUGGCUGGUGUCUGCCAUAUUGAAUGGUAUGUGCACACGCUCAUGUACACACACACUUCUCACCUGGCAGCAGCCCUGUGGGAUAACACAGCUGUAGAGCCUCCGGCUUGCCCACAGACAUUCCAGCAUGGUUCCGUCCUGAUCCUCAGGCCUCAUGGUCAGAAAUUGGCAGAGUUUCUGAAAUUAGGAUACAUGUCUAGCCCAUUUUGUAGUUUGUAACCCUAAUGCCAUCAUGUUUAUAAUGAAAGAACACACUGCAUUUGCUGAAUUUCCCAUUAUUUGAAGUGACAGUUGUAAUCAUUCUGUGUCCAUGUGAGUGAGUAGAUUGGCAGUGUUGAAAGUUCAACAGUUCAACUCUCUCCUUUCUUUCUUUUUUUUUUUUUUUAAGAUUUUAUUUAUUUAUUUGACAAACAGAGAUCACAAGUAGGCAGAGAGGCAGGCGGGGGAGGGGGGAAGCAGGCUUCCUGCUGAGCAGAGAGCCCGAUUUGAGGCUCGAUCCCAGGACCCUGGGAUCAUGACCAGAGCUGAAGGCAGAGGCUUUAACCCACUGAGCCACCCAGGUGCCCCAACUCUCUCCCUUUCAUUUGUUUAUUGCCACUCGGGUCUGAUGGGUUUGCUUUUCCAUGUUUAUUCCUUCCCUAACCUUUCCUUAAAGGUAGGAAGGAGAGAUGGGAUUGGAGAACUUGGUUCCUAACAUGAAUAUAAAUUACAGUCCUCCCAGGAGCCUGUUAGCCAUGUAGAUUUCCAGCUCCCCUCCUCCCCAGAGAUUCUGACUCAGCAGCCCUGGGGACACAGGAACAGCCCGCUUGUGUAACAGGUGCCCCAGAUGAAUCGAAUGCCAGUUGCCAGUGGAGGACCGCGCUUUGAGAAUACUUCUUAGCUCAUUUGCUGAGCUUCUUUCUUCAAAGCCCAGGAAAUGAAACAUAUUCUUUCUAA